AUCUCUGAGCUUCAGGGGUUAAUUCUUCUACAGGAGCUCUCCGCCCUCUUAUCAGAAGAGACUUUUCCACUUUCGGUUCCUGCUCCUCCGUACCACAAUGGCGUCUGCUGACCUGAGGGCCGAGCUGGACUGCUCCAUCUGCCUGAGCCUCUAUACAGACCCCGUAUCCCUGAGAUGUGGACACAACUUCUGCCGCUCAUGUAUUGUGAGUGCGCUGGAUGCACAGGAGGCAGCUGGAGUGUAUUCCUGUCCUGACUGCAGAGCAGAAUAUCCGGAGCGUCCGGCCCUGGAGAAGAACAGGAAGCUGAGGAACAUAGUGGAGCAUUUCUUAUCUGCUCGGCCUGAUAUGGAGGAUACCGGGAUCUUCUGUACUUAUUGCGAUUCUCCAGUACCAGCUGUGAGGACAUGUCUGCAGUGUGAGGCCUCGUUCUGUGACAAGCACUUGAGUAGACACAGUAAGUCAUCAGAACAUACUUUAGUUGAACCUACUGCUACCCCGAAGGAAAGAAAAUGUUCCACACACAAGGAGGUGCUGAAAUACUAUUGUCCUAUAGACACCGCCUGUAUCUGUGUGUCCUGCUGUCUGGUCGGGGAGCACAGGGGACAUGACGUGGAGCUACUGGACGUGGCCUCUGAGAAGAAGAAAGAAAAACUGAGGAAAUAUCUGAAGGAACUAAACCCACAAAAAGCAGAUAUUCAGGCAAGACUCCACAAUCUGCAGGAUCGUCAGAGGAAUAUCCAGGAGAAAGCCUCUGAUAAGAGGAAGAAUGUCAGGAAGUUAUUUAUGGACAUUAAGAAGCAACUGGAAAUGGCAGAAAAGAAAGCGCUGAGCGAGAUCUCCAGGCAGGAGGAGAAGAUUGUGUCCCACAUAUCUGAUCUGAUCAAGAAGCUGGAAAUAGAGGCGGACGAGCUGUCCAGGAAGAUGCAUCACGUGGAGGAGAUGUGUCAUGUCACCGACCCAAUAAGACUCCUACAAGAAAGUGACAUUACAGUAUGUGGUCGUGGAGAUGAUGAGGACACAGGUGGAGAGGGCAGGUCUGAGGAUGGUCUGGAUGAGGUUCUGAUCUCACUGACCUUACACCGAUCUAUGAGGGAUAUUGUCACCAAUGUCAGAUCAGAGCUCGGGCUCCAUGUUCCAGACAUAUUGCUGGAUGAGGACACUGCUCAUAGAUAUUUGAAGAUAUCAGAAGAUCGGAAAACAGCAACAGAUUCAGAGAAAGAAGAACAGGACAGACCAGAAUCACCAGAAAGGUUUCUGAUCUACCCCCAGGUGUUAAGCAGAUGUGGCCUCUCCUCAGAUAGAUAUUACUGGGAGCUAGAGUGGAACCUGAUAGGAGAAUGUGGUGUCGGACUGUCCUAUCCCAGUAUAGAAAGGGAAGGAGAUGAGUCUGGUAUUACAUAUAAUGAAAAAUCUUGGUGUCUGGUUAUGUCUGAUACAGUAUGUGCAGCGUAUCACAACUCAGCCAUAUUACCUCUCAAUAUAAAUUCAUGUCCUAGACUUGGUGUCUUCUUAGACUAUGAGGCCGGGCGUCUGUCCUUCUAUCAGCUGUGUGACCCCAUCAGACACUUACACACCUUCACCGCCUCCUUCUCUGAACCCCUACAUGUUGCCUUCUAUAUGCAGGAUGAAGCCUCUGUUAGAAUAAUAAGCUGAGGCCGAUGCGUCCACGUCCCGUUAUAAUCUCCGCCUAUAAGUCACUAUAUAGCGCUGUAUGGGCGGAGCCUCCGAUCACACAA